CAAGGCAGAAAAGAGGCUCACCUUUGCUUUGCUUUGUUGCAAACAACACUCAAUCAUUGCAGAGAACAGCUGGACAGCAGACAGGAGUGCUUGUCACUACAAGCAAGUCGAAAGGAGCGUCAUCGUCAUUAGCGCACGUUGAAGAUGGGCGAGUGGGGCUUUUUGGCAUCCCUGCUGGACAAAGUGCAGUCGCACUCCACCGUCAUCGGGAAGGUGUGGCUCAGCGUCCUCUUCGUCUUCCGCAUCAUGAUCCUCGGCGCCGGCGCAGAGAAGGUGUGGGGCGAUGAGCAGUCCAAGAUGAUCUGCAACACCAAGCAGCCCGGCUGCAAGAACGUGUGCUACGACCACGCCUUCCCCAUCUCCCACAUCCGCUUCUGGGUCCUGCAGAUCAUCUUCGUGUCCACGCCCACGCUCAUCUACCUGGGCCACGUCAUGCACGUCAUCCACAAGGAGAACAAGAUGAGGGAGGCCACGAGGAGCCCAACUGGCGGAGUGGUCAAGUCCCCCAAGUACUCGGACGAGAAGGGCCAGGUGAAGAUCAAAGGCGACCUGCUGGGGAACUACAUGACGUCCAUCUUCUUCCGCAUCGUGCUGGAGAUGGCUUUCAUCGUGGGCCAGUACUACCUGUACGGCUUCAUCAUGGACCCCAGGAUCGAGUGCUCGCGGGCGCCGUGCCCCUUCACCGUGGAGUGCUACAUGUCGCGGCCCACCGAAAAGACCAUCUUCAUCAUCUUCAUGCUGGUCAUGUCCUGCGUCUCCGUGCUGCUCAACGUGGUGGAGAUCUUCUACCUGGCGUGUUCGCGCAGCGCCAGGCGGAAGGCCAAAAUGGGCGCCCUCGCUCUGCGCUCCCCCAUGAACGGCGACCGUUACACUAAAGCCUGAAGAAGAGACGAGAACUUUCAAGAACUUUGACUUUUUUUAUGAGAAAACUGGAUAUAAAGCACUAAUGUUGGCUUGUUUAAUAAGCUUUAUGGAGAUGAUGCUGUCAUUUACUGUUAAACCUCCACACGUUAUUUGUAUUAAACAACAUAAAAAAUA